AUGGUGUCUCCCUCCUCGGCCCAACUUGCACUCACCGAUAUCUACCCUCCCACCCCAAUACCAAAGCCACAAGACUUCAAGACGGCGAUUGAGAACAAGUCUAAGGCGCUCAGGGAUGGAAGUGAUGAAGAUUCGUACCUAUCAUUCAGUGGCGUUACCCCACAACGUUUCGAAUACAUCGAGAGCCACCGGGACGCCCUUGGAGCGAAACGUGCACGCUUCAGCUAUUUUGCUGAUAUUGAGACGCUCAUUGUCAAGGUACCCUCUGAGCCCCAUGAGAAGGCCCACGCAGGAAUAGGAAGUGAGAUCAUGCUCCGUCUGAGAAUGAACAUGCGGAUUGCCCGUGAUGAAGUCUUCCCUGUUCAGUCAACCACAUACCAUGGAAGAGGGGGCUCAUCUAAGGAGGCUGACUCGUCGUACAAGAACCUGAGAGUUAGAUCUCGGGUUGGAUCCUGGCCCCUCUGGGUGGUUGAGGGGGGCAUGUCAGGGUCCAUACAACGUCUCCGUGGAGACGCGAGCUGGUGGAUAGACCAUUCUGGUGGAGAGGUCAAACUCGUCCUCCUUGUCUGGAUCCGCCCUAGUCGCAAGACGAUCAAGAUCGAGACGUGGGUUCCAGAACAAAUACUUCCACUUUGGGCCAGGAAAGAAGACGAUGAGGUCGAGAUUGAUUUUUCAGUCAAUCCACCAAUCUAUCGAGGCCCCCCUGCCCUUGUUUUCCAAUUCAGUCGACUUGUUGGCCGUCCUCCGGUGCCGCCCAGCGAAGGUGAUGUGGUGCUCUCCCGGCUAGACCUUGUGAAAUUGGCCAGGGACAUCUGGCACGGCAUUAUUUAA